CCGACACCUGGCCAUCCCAGCCAUAACCACAACGAACCACCCGAUAAUCAAAAUGUUCUACGAACCCGGCAAAACAGACCACGGUCUGCCUCAUGAUCCAUUUAAGUCCUGCGUCAUCCCCCGCCCCAUCGGCUGGAUCAGCACCACCUCCACAAAUGGGACCUCCAACCUCGCUCCGUACUCCCAAUUCACCAACCUCACCUUCGACCCGCCCUACGUCCUCUUCAGCAGCAACCAAACCGUCGACGGUACCCGAAAAGACACCGUCGUCAACGCCGAAUCCACCGGCCGAUUCGUCUGGAACAUGGCGACGUACGACCUGCGCGAGGCGAUGAACAUCACCGCGCAGCAGUUCCCGUACGGGGUGGACGAGUUCGAGGAGGCGGGGUUGAGCAAGGAGAUGAGCAGGGUGCUGGAUGGCGUGCCGAUGGUCAAGGAGUCGCCCGUUAGGUUUGAGUGUGUGUAUCAUUCGACGAUGCGGUUGCCUGGGAAUCCGCCGAUGGGGACGGUCGAUGUCGUGGUCGGUCGGGUGGUGGGGGUGCAUGUCGAUGAGGGGGUGAUUACGGAUGGACUGCUGGAUGUGAAGAAGAUGAGGCCCAUUGCCAGGUGUGGCUAUUUUCAGUAUGCCGUUGUGGAGAGUACGUUUGACAUGGUUAUUCCGGGCAUGUCGGAGGAUGUGUUGUAUGGGUUGGAGGGGAGUGCGAGGAGGAAUGGGGAGAGGGCGAGGAGGAAU